GGGAGCGAGGAGGUAUGGCUCAGCACUCCUAGGGGCCUCUCGGACCCAGUCCUUCUCGGCUCCCAAGCCUGCCCCAGUGGCGUAGCCGUAGCCGGGAGGGAUUGGGGUGGGGACGGCCCGGAGGACAGCCUGCUCCGCUCCAGACGGUUGCAGCUCGGGGCCUGGACACCCUAACCCCUCCCUCCGCGCUCGCGAGGUAGCUUUAAGAUCCGGCGGAGCCCGCGGCGCGGCACCUGGAGCCCCGACCCCAAUCAUCCGGGAGUCUCCGCCCUGACCGACAGUGCUCGAGGACCGGGAUCGGGGAAGAGACCCGAGGGAUAGCAGUCCUGGGGAUCGUGUCGCCCUCGGUCCCUGUGCCUGGACCACACCUGACUACCUGCCUCCGGAUGGCUUCCUCUGAGACGUGUGACGCCAGCCGAGCGGCCUCUGCGCUACGUUAUGGCAUGACGGUCAGCGGCAUGGUGCUUCUGGUAGCUGGGACACUCUGUUUUGCUUGGUGGAGUGAAGGAGAUGCAGGUGCUCAGCCUGGCCAGCCGGCCCCACCCACUGGGCACCCUGUGCCUGAGGCCCCCAGUCCCCUGCUCAGGUCAGUCAGCUUCUUCUGCUGUGGCACAGGGGGCCUGCUACUACUCUUCGGCCUGCUGUGGUCCAUCAAGGCCAGCACCCAGGGGCCUCCCCGCUGGGACCCGUAUCACCUCUCCAGAGACCUGUACUACCUCACUGUGGAGCCCUCGGAGAAGGAGAGCUACAGGCUCCCAGUGGUGGCUGCCAUCCCCACUUACGAGGAGGCCAUGUGCUGCCCACUCGCCGAGGGGCCCCCGACACCACCCGUGGACCCCAUGCAGGAAAGCCUGAAGGACAGUGCCUCUUGGGAUGCCCUGCUCGGGACCCAGCACGCCCCGCAGCCGCCCAACUACGAAAGCAUCACUGGUGCCGUGCACGACAUCUCUGGAGGGACAGCUCCUGGCACGAGGGGCUCCUGCCCAGGCCCGGCUCAGACUGCGGGCGGGGGAGGGUAAAGGCUCCCAGCAGACCUCAGAGCUGGGGUGAUGAGCUUCCGGUGUGCAGUGCAGGGCCUGGUACACACGAGGCACGCAACAAAUGAUUGCUGUUGAAUGCUCUUGUAUUUACCUGUCGCUGUGUAACAAACCGCUUAAAUAAAUCCGUCUUACUAUC